AUGAAAGCCCUCCGUCUAUACGCCCCAGUACCCCUCAACAACCGCGAAGCCGUCCGAACCACCAUCCUCCCCACAGGCGGAGGACCAGACGGCAGCUCCCCGAUGCUCGUACGAAAAGGCGAGCUCGUCGUCUUCUCGCAGUACGUAAACUCGAGGAUGAAGAGCAUAUACGGACCAGACGCAGACGACUUCCGCCCCGAACGGUGGGAGACCGGGGAACUUGCAGAUAUCGGCUGGGCGUACUUUCCCUUCAAUGGUGGUCCGAGGCAGUGUCUGGGCGAGGACUUCGCGCUCAUGGAGGUCUACUACACGACUGUGCGGCUGCUGCAGACGUUUCCGGUCAUCAGAUUGCCGGAUGGGGAGGGCGUGGAGCCGGUUGGGAUGGAGAGGCAGCGGUUGACGCUGGUUUUGUCAAGUCCUGAUGGGUGUAGCGUUUCUACUGCGCAGGGUGAUACCCAUAUACCUCAGUAA